UAUACUUGUAGUGUGUAGCGGUAGGCGGGGAUAUAAGGACUUCAGAGUUCCAUGAUUGGAUCGUUGUCUUCAUUGAAGGUGGGGUUCCGUGACAGUGUUUAUAUGUGGCGCUAAUGACGCGUGCUGCCACUCUGGCUGUCAAUGAAGCAGGAGCUUUCAGAAGACUUACACAGUAGUCCAUUAGAAGACAGACAACAAAAUGGUUAUCAUAAUUGAGGAUAAGGCUGCCUUCGACAAUGCUCUGAAAAACGCUGGGGACAAGUUAGUGGUGGUGGACUUCACAGCCACAUGGUGUGGGCCCUGCCAGAACAUCGCUCCAUUCUUUAAAGGGCUGUCUGAAAAAGAAGAGAACAAAAAUGUGGUGUUUCUAAAGGUUGAUGUGGAUGAUGCACAGGAUGUGGCCACUUUCUGUGAUAUUAAAUGUAUGCCAACAUUCCAUUUCUACAAGAAUGGAAAGAAGAUUGAUGAAUUUUCUGGAUCAAACCAAUCUAAGCUGGAAGAGAAGAUCAAUAUGCAUAAAUGAAGAAAAACAAGCAAGCAUUCACAAAAACACACAAACCAAAUGUUAGUAGCUAAAUAUACAGAAUAGGUGUAUUUGUAUCUAAAUACACAGAACAGGUUUACUGAUCUUGAUUUCAGAUCUUGAUCAAGUACAGAAACACCAUUCUCAUCCUCUAAUUCUAUGACAGCUACAUUUAUAUUUCAUUUUAUUUUAUAUACAGAAUCUGUGGUAAUACUUUCCUCAAAGACUUUUUUUUUUUGUGAAUUAUUUUGGCCUUCUACAAUGUCUCUAAUGUAUUUUAUGUUGGCUUUGUAUGAAAUAAAAAAAAAAAAUGAAAAGUUGA